UUUCUGUGGUUCACGCAAUAUUCGUCUUUCAAACUGUCCGGCAAUGUUGGCUACAUGGUUGUUUUCCCGCGUUAUUGAGCAUUGUUUAUUCGUUCGAAUAAGAAGGCCGCGAAGACGCAUAGACGCGGCGUUGACAGAAUAGAAUUUAAAGUAUGGCUUGUUGACGGUGUUGUAUUACUAGCCGAAGUGUGUGUGAAUGUGCGCGUAUUGUAAUUCUAAACUGCUGUAUUUUACUUUAUAUAAUGCUGGACUUCGUGAUACCUAUUUCUCGCGACGAUUUGCUUUCCUGUCAUUCUGACCGGUACGUGCCACAAAACAUUGUGGGACAAGAUGAGUUGAUUCAGAAAUUUUCUGGCUGCAGUAAUGCUCUGCGAAAUAAUGGAUAUAAAUUUAUAUUAGAUAAUUUUGAUACCUUAGUUUCGCUUAAUAUUCAUUUUCAAAGACUUUCAUGGGAAAACUCAAUGAAAGGAUGGUCCAUCAUAAAAAGAGGAAUGAAAGCAAUGGUUGACGAGCUGAAAGAAAUUUUACAUCCUAAUCGUGAAUUAGAAGAGGCUGUUCGUAAGCCAGCAGCAAACUCUACUAAAAUGCUUGUGUAUCUUUUGACACAGACAAUGGCUGGCUUUGAAGAGCGUAUUAAACGUAUCGGUGAUGGCAGAGUUAAGAAAAAAGGGUCACAGAAUUCUUUUCCAGAACAGUUGGAGUGGCAAGAUAAUUUAGAGGAAGCAGUUAUGCUUACACAUGAUUUAUUACAUCUGCCAUUGAUCUGGCUGUGGGAUCCUCCUGUACCAUCAACAGAAGAGAGCUUUUAUCAUCUAAUUAGCAACAUGGCAUUUGCAGUAUUAGAGAAUCCCGCAAGUGUUACAAGUAGAAUGUCACAUGUGAAAGAAACCUUACUUCAUAUACUAGGUAUAAUGGUGAUACGCUAUAACUACAAAAUUAGUAUUGUUUUGAGAAUGGUUGAUGUACUAAAUCGUGUAGAACAUAUUGCCCCAUCUUUGGCUUUAGGUGUGAAGAUUCUCCAUGAUGACUAUAACUGUCAUAGUAUUGUGCGGGAAAUAAUGAAGGAAAUAAUUGAAUCUUAUUCUUCAGAAGUGAUGCCACAAGCUUCACGCAAUCAUGGUGUGUUUUUUGCAGAACUAGCAGAACUUGUGCCUAAAUCUCUCAAGGAACAUUUGCCUAUGAUCUUGCCAUUGUUGGAAAAUGAGCAGGUACCAUUACGCAAUGGCAUAUUGUCUGCUAUGUGUGCAGUGGUUCUUAAAUGUCUCAGUCAUGAUGAUAUGACUGUUGUUGAUCGUCGUCAGCGUGAUGAAUUACUUGACUACAUGCUGGACUACAUUUACGACCCAAAUGCUUUUGUACGAGCUAAAGUCAUUAGUUUGUGGCGAAGACUCCUUGAAGAAGGAGCAGUGCCACAGACUUUACGUUGUAAUGUACUGGAGGCAACGUCUGGGCGGAUUGUGGAUACAGCAUCCUCGGUUCGCAAAGCAGCUAUUCAAUUAGUGACAGUAUUUUUAGAGUUGAAUCCUGCAUCUGCAAAGUUGGGCACUGAAAUUCUGCAAGAGCAGCUAGAGAAGGAGCGUAAUGAGCUCAUGGCAAUGUGCGACAAGUACAGAGAAGGUAAUCCACGUGAGAUGUUCUGGCUGGAGAUGCAAGCUAAUGUGGAAACUGUGUUGCGAGAACACUUUGAAAAGGAGGAAAGUGAUGAUCCCCUUGAUUCAAUUGGAGGAGAACAAGGAGGGGAUGAAAAUGGGAAUGAUGAUAAUGAAGAUGAAAAAGAGGAGGAAGAUGAAAAUCCAGAUGACCUUCUAACUUCUGUUCAUGGUGCCAUGUGUGAAGCUCUUGAGAAAAAGAAAUUUAUUAAAGCCUACAAGUGUGUGACUCGUAUAGAACAUUUGGCUCCUGAAUGUAUUGUUAAAAAGAAAGAAUCUGGUAUUAAAGGGAAAGUUAAUUUCUAUUUGUUGUUAUUGGGUUCCUUUUAUUCAUAUGAGAAAUUAUCAGUUCAAGCUCUUGCCAAGGAUAUACAAGAUACCCCAAUUGAAAAAGAAGAACUACAAAAUUUGACAGCAAAGCAGCAUUUUGUUGCGUAUCUGGAGGACUCUUUGAAUUUUGUCAAUCAAAUGGAAAAUGCUUUGAUGUUGCUCCAAAAACUGUUGUCUUGGUCUAUAUCUCAUAUCGGUUCAGGAAUCAAUGAAGGAAUUGCAGAUGCAGUACGUCUGGUGGAAGUCGCUCAUGUUGGUGGGGUCCCUAGGGCCAAAAACUGUAUGACUACAGUAUUGCAAUUAAUGUUACAUCAACCAGAAGCUCCUGUUAUAUCUGCUAUUGCAGCAACAGCCAAGACAGUUUACUUUCAGAAUACUCGUUCUGAUGGGAUGUCACGGGCGGAGCGAAUAGUAGCAAGCCUUAUGAAACUCCUUGCAGAAUUAACAAUGGGUGAGGCGCAGGCUGUGGAAGAACUGAUGAAGGAAUGGGUGAAAAAUGGAGAUAUUACUGGUAGUUGUGUUCAGGCAAUGUGGGAAAUAUUUCUACAUCCAGAACGAGCUUCUGAGCCAAAGGAUGUUCUCAGCAGGCGUUUGCUUGCCUUAGCUUUGCUACGGAUGGUUGCUCCUGUCCUUCCAGAACGUGUACGUGCUCUUGUUCCAGAAAUAGCCACUCAUAUAUUUUCAGCAAAUGAUGUCAGAACUCUGAAUCUUGAAAUAGCUUCAGAAGCUUGUGCAGUAUUAUCUAGCACAUGUCCUAUCAUCCAACACAAUCAUACAGCACCUGUAAGCUCAAUUAGGCUCCCACUUGAUCAUAUCUUAUUCAAAGAACUUGGCAAUAUGUUAAAAUCUGCAAUCUGGAUCAAAGAGAGUGAUUAUUUUGUUCCUCUUGCCAUUAAUGCUGUGAAUUUAGUUUAUGUGUUUUGCCUGAGUCCUGAACCAUUUGUGGAAGGCGUAUUGAAAUCCAUACUCUGUUCCCUGCAAGAAAAGAAACAAAAUGCUUUGAGUUGUAUCUCUCAAGGAAUGGAUAACAAUGAGGAUGAAUGUCCAACUCAGAUGCCAGUGAUUCCAUGUUUUGCUUUAGGGCGAUUCCUAGCUGUUAUUGGCCAUGUUGCAAUGAUGCAAAUGGUGUUCAUGGAUACUGCAGUGUAUUCUAAAAUAAGAUCUGUGGAAGAAACUGACAAGAUUCAAAAAAACCAAAAACGAACACAGGCCAAAAAAGGAGCUAAAAGAAGAUCAACUGCCAGUAAGUCAAUGAGCAAUGUUUCAAUGAUAGAAGCAGAAAAUCCAUCUUUUGUAGGUUCCUCUGAUAGCACAAGUGCCUCAACAAAUGGAUUAGAAGAAGGUGAAGAGAGCACACAGGCAGAAGAUAUAGUAUCUGAAAGCAUUCGACAAUUUUGUGAAAAUGAAAUGUUUAGACCUGACAGACUGCUGGGGCAGUUACUUCCUUUAGUAGUAAAUGUUGUUUCCAAACCCAAAAAAUAUGCAGAACCCAAUGUGCAACGUACUGCCUUGCUGGCCUUGUCUAAAAUGAUGAUGGUUUCCUCAACAGUAUGUGCUGAUAAUAUUCAGUUGUUUGUGUCAGUGAUGAGUAAUAGCACAGAUCCAGAUACAAGAUCUAUGGCUAUUAUUGCCAUUGCAGAUAUAACAUUGCGUUUCCCAAAUAUAGUGGAGCCUUGGUCUAAACAUAUCUACAAGCGCCUGCAAGAUAGCUCAGAGGAAGUACGACUCACUACAAUACUCAUUCUCUCACGCUUGGUAAUGUGUGACAUGAUAAAGGUGCGAGGGCAAAUCUCUGAUUUAGCAUUGUGCAUUUGUGAUAAAAAUAGUACAAUUGCGAAUGCUGCUAAAAGUUUCUUUAAUGAACUCUCAAAGAAGCAUAAUGUGCUGUAUAAUGUUCUUCCUGACAUUAUAUCUGGACUCUGUUCAUCAGAACUUCCAGAAGAGAGAUUCAAUGAAAUUACUAAAUUUGUGUUUGGCCUAAUAAAAAGGGAGAAACAAAUUGAAGUUCUUGUAGAAAAAUUAUGUCAGAGAUUCCAACUGAUUUCAACAGACAGACAAGCAUGUGAUUUAGCCUUUUGUUUGACUCUACUUCAUUACAACCAACGGGCUUUGGGACGACUGACUGACCAGUUGCAAUUAUAUGCUGAUAAGUUGCAUAUUGAUAAAGUGUACAACUAUUUCCAGAACAUUGUGCAAUCACAUACAAAAUCAACCUCGAAACCAGAAAUUAAGUCUGCUGCUGAGGAAUUGAAUGCUGCAAUUGAACAAGUCCUUAAAGUGCGUACUGAGAAUCCAGAUCAAGAAGUGCCAUUGCCUCCAUCCAGUACCAAGGCAAGGGCAACGCCUAGAAAUCCUCGUGCCUCUUCAAGAGGUAGAGCUACUCCAUCUUCAACAAUAAAGAGUGGAAAAAGGAGAGUUCGACGGAAGGUGGUGUGGUCGUCAUCAGAUGAAGAACUUCCCGAAAUACCUGAAUCACCCUGAUAAUUGGUAGUUGUUUGUGAAAUUUUAUUAUUAGUGCAAUUUAUUGUAGGUUUUCAGUAUCAUAGAGCCGAGAUGCUAAUUUGACAUCUAUUUGUAUGUCUCUUCAACAUGUGUAAAGAAUUAAAUGGAGCUUCAGCUUCUCACUCUUUGCUACUGUACUUCAGAUGUGGGUCGUUUGACAAUAAUAUAUCAUAAAAUGAGAUCAAGAUUUGUUUUCUGCAUUUCUUUAAAGAAAAAUUGAUUUUGAUGAACUUCAUGAAAGACUAUGUAGAGGAAAUUAUAAUUAAGUAUAUUUUGGUGUUCGUAUUGUGUGGGUUUUUUUAAAUACGUUUUAAUUGAAUUCUCUUUUCAUAUUCUUGAAGUUUAAUCUAUUUUUCAAAUGGCUUAAAAUAUUUUCUUUUUGGUUUUUAGUGAGUAUUGUGUUUGUUUCAGCAUAAUUAUAUGCAUGUUACAAGCAUAAUGACCUGAAUAGUCUUCAAUGUAGGACCUAUAAUUUGAGUUGCAUUUAAAAGCAUAUUGUAUGCAUAUUAGUAUUGGAACUAACCGAUACAAUGAGUGAUUGUAAAUAUAGUUUGCUUAUAAAUGUGUUUUAAUAGUACUUGUAGAUAAUUACUUCUGUAAUCCUUUAUUCAAAAUUGUAUAUAUCUGAUGUUGAAUAUUGACAUUUUAAAAACGUUUGUACCUUAUUAUUUUAUACUAAUGAAAUAAAUUUAAAUGAUCUGCUAUGCAAUAGAAAGUGUUUCAAUUCACUGUUAUUUUUCACAGUUCAAUACGCUAGUGGUUUGGAGUUGACCAUGUUAUAAAGAUGGAAACAGAGGCAAGAUAGCU